AUGCAUUAUUCUAUUAAUUUCUUUUGCUUGCUAAUUUUUCUUGCAAUUGUUGAGUCUUUGCCUAACUACUACGAAAUAUUAAAAGUCUCUAAAAAUGCAUCCACCAGAGAGAUCAAAACCGCAUACAAAAGAUUGAUGUUAAGAUAUCAUCCAGACAAAAAUAAAGAUAACCCGGACGCUUUGGAAUAUUCCAAGAAAAUAAAUGAGGCUUGUAGAAUUCUUUGCGAUGAGAAAAAUAGGAUGGAGUAUGAUAAAGAACUAAACAAAUACUCUGGGUCAUUUUCUACUUCUGGAGAAUCUUCACCAUCGUCUAGUGGAUCACCUACUACGUCAGGAGAAUCUUCUCAAUCGUCUGGUGGAUCACAUACUACGUCUGGGGAAUCAUCCACAUCAUCUGGUGGAUCACCUACUAUGUCUGGAGAUUCAUCUCCAUCGUCUAAUGGAUCACCUACUACGUCUGGAGAAUCAUCUCCAUCGUCUGAAGGAUCAUAUCCGACCUUUGCUGAAUCUUCGCCAAAAAGAAAGAAAGCACAUACAGAUUUCGGUAUUUCAUAUUAUUAUACCUUUUUGUCACAUGAUUAA